GCACGGGAGGAGGAGUUUCGGUUUGCCGCUUGUUCAGUCUUUUAGAAAGACCACGGCUACUGUUCGGACAUCAGAUUUUUCCUUUCCGGAGCAUCACUGGCGCAGUCCGAUCGCGGACCAUCUUUUCAAAGAUAUCAGAAGCAUCGGAACAUCGCUCAACUAUUUUGGACAGGCAAUAAAACAAAGUGUGAAUUAGGAUAAUGAAGAUCAAGGUUUUACUAUUAUGGCUGGCUCUAAUCCUGAUGUCACUCAAAUGCUACCUCACAGAGAGAAUUAUUCAACAUGGACCUGUUUUCACCCAAGAACCUAGUGACAGUGUUUUCCCACUGAGCAAUGAAGACAACAAGAUAUUUAUCAACUGCAAAGCCAAAGGAAAUCCUCCACCACAUUAUAGGUGGAAAUUCAAUGGAAAAGAUCUCGAUACUUACACCAAUGUGAACUUCAGCCUGGUUGAGGGCAACCUCUUGAUCAAUAACCCACAGGCGAUCACAGAUGGAGGAUCUUACCAGUGUAUUGCUACUAAUACUUUUGGAACCAUCCUGAGCCGCAAGGCCAAAGUGGAGUUUGCAUAUCUUCAGAAUUUCACCAACAAGGCCAGAAAUGCAGUCUCAGUGAGAGAAGGCCAGGCUGUGGUGCUUCUUUGUGGCCCACCACCCCAUUUUGGAGAGAUCAGAUAUUCAUGGGUUUACAAUGGGAAUCCCAAUGUUCUCAUCCAAGACAAUCGACGCUUUGUGUCCCAGAGGACAGGGAACUUAUACAUUGCUAAAGUGGAGCCAUCUGAUGUGGGCAACUAUACAUGUGUGGUGAAGAACCUAAUGACCAAUGGCACCGUGUACAGCUCGCCAACUCCUGUAGUGCUGCGCCAGGAUGCUGUGAUGGGUGAAUAUGAGCCUAAAAUUGAAGUCCAGUUUGAAGAAAUGCUGCAUGUCGUUAAAGGAUCGUCAGUUAGACUGGAGUGCUUCGCUUUAGGAAAUCCAGUACCUUCUAUCUCUUGGAGAAGAGCAGACAGAAGCCCUUUUCCUGGAAAGAUGAAAAUCAAUCAAUCAAAUGGCGUCCUGGAGAUCCCUUAUUUCCGGCCUGAGGAUGCUGGCUUUUAUGAAUGUGUGGCAGAGAACACCAGAGGCCGUAGCGUUGCAAAAGGACAUCUUAUAUUUAAUGAUUUGGAACAUCUGCAUUGGGCCCAGACACUGCAUGAUGCCUACGUGGCCAUCGAUGCCGAUUUGCACUGGGAAUGCAGGGCUAAUGGGAAACCCCAGUCUGUGUACAAAUGGCUUAAGAACGGACAGACCAUGGUGUCAGAGGACAGAAUCCUUAUUAAUGGAGGCAAGUUCAUGCUCUCUAAAGUUACCCAACAGGAUUCAGGGAUGUAUCAGUGUUUGGCUGAGAAUGAGCAUGGUGUCAUUCAUGCCAGUGCUGAACUCAAAGUUUUAGCUUCUCCUCCAGACUUUUCUAAAGGUCCAGUUAAGAAGUCCACACUUGCUCAAAGAGGAGGUGAAGUCAUCAUUGAAUGCCGGCCACAUGCAUCCCCCAAGGCCUCCUUCUCAUGGAGGAAAGAAGGCAAGCUUCUGAAAAACAGUGAGAGAAGGACAAUCUCAGAUGAUGGCACCCUGCGGAUUACCAAUGUGAGUGAGUCAGAUGCAGGUAGAUACACAUGCGUGGCACAAAACCUGUUCGGUGUGGCCAGCAGCACAGGAACAUUGAUGGUCAAAGAACCAACCAAAAUUACAGUUCCUCCACUGAGUAUGGAUGCCACAGUGGGUGAGAGCAUAGUUCUGCCAUGCAGGGUGUCCAGAGACUCCAAUAUGGACCUCAUCUUCAAGUGGUUCUUCAACGGGAAACUUGUCGAUUUCACCCGCCAUGAACACUUUGAGAUGAUUGGAGGGGGAGUGUCCGGUGACCUAAUGGUACGUAACAUUCAGCUAAAACACUCUGGGAAAUACGUGUGUAUGGUCCAUACAGCGAUGGACAGCGUCUCAGCUGCAGCUGAUUUGAUUGUCAGAGGGCCCCCCAGUUGCCCUGAACGAAUUGUGGUGGGGGAAGUCACUGACCAGACAGUUCAGCUCUCAUGGAGUCCUAGUCCUGAUAAUCACAGUCCCAUCACACAUUACAUUGUGCAGGUCCGAAGUGAUUUCUCCAUUGGCUGGCAGGCUGUAAAAACAGUUCCUGAUUCUGUGCCUGGACAGAUGACACGGGCCACUGCAGUGGGCCUAAGGCCAUGGGUUCAGUAUGAGUUUAGGGUGGCAGCCGUGAACAGUGUCGGUGUGGGCGAGCCCAGUGCCCCAUCUGAAGCUGUUCUAACUAAAGCAGCAGUUCCUGAGGUCGCUCCAGCAAAUGUGAGUGGAGGUGGUGGAAACCGUGGUGAACUGGUAAUUGUGUGGGAGCCUGUUCCAGAAGAACUUCAGAAUGGAGAAGAAUUUGGAUAUGUGGUAGCCUUUCGUUUACUUCGGUCUUCUGUCUGGAUGCAAAGUGUGGUGCCCUCAGUAGAUGCAUCCCGAUAUGUGUUUAAAAAUGAUAGCUUUCCUCCACUCUCACCAUUUGAAGUGAAGGUGGGAGUGUACAACAGCAUUGGAGAAGGUCCAUAUAGCCCUGUAUCUGUUGUCUGCUCAGCAGAGGAAGAACCUUCUGUAGCUCCAACCAAACUGUGGGCACAUAGUCUUUCUUCCUCAGAGCUGCAGGUUUUCUGGGAUCCCAUACUGCCAAGUCAUAGCAAAUCUAAUAUUUUAGGAUAUGAGGUGCUUUUGUGGGAGGACGGCUCAUUAGAGAGCGUAGCAAUAAAGGAAAGGGUCAUAAGAAGCCCUGCUCACAUCACAGGCCUGAAGGGCAGCACACUGUAUCUGAUUUCAGUCAGAGCUCACAACAGUGGUGGAGCUGGACCUGCCAGUGCUGCCAUCAACAUGACUACUAAGAAACCACCUCCAAGCCAGCCUCCAGGGAAUAUUGAGUGGAACAUGACAAACUCCAAGAUCUUUUUGCACUGGCAGCAUGUGAAGGCAAUGGACAAUGAAUCUGAAGUAACAGGCUACAAGGUUAUGUACCAUCAGAGCUGGCACAGUAGAACCAGCAUAGUAGAAACAAAUCGGACAUCACUGGAGCUACAGAUUCCAUCCGGAGAUGAUUUGCUUAUACAGAUCAAAGCUUUGAGCGAUGGAGGAGAUGGCAGCUAUAGCAGUCCUAUUUACAUACCAAAGUUGUCCAAUCUGAACUCAAGAGGCUAUUUCAGCUCUGAUGCAAACAAAAUGGUCCAUAUCCAUGAAGUUGCAUUACUUAUACUAUCAUGGCUGCUUCUAUAAUAACUUGUCCUUUAAUUAGCACAGGGUAAAAUUAAGAUGAAGAGCUGAAUACUAUGUAAGAGAAAUAUACACAAUGUAGAAUUUAUUUUAAUGAUGUAAUCCCAAGAAUGUUGAUGGAGACAGUCAAAAUGUGUGUGUGUGUGUGUGUGUGUGUGUGUGGGUGGGUGUGGGUGUGGAUGUAGGGAGCUGUUAUUGGUGUUUUUUGUUUUAUUUUCGUUGUUUUGUUUUUUUAAUUAUGGAUGAACUUGUGCUUUAUUUUUUCAGUUUUAUGCUAAAAGGUUGGCAUUUCUUAGAUAUUUGUUAGUAUCAACACAUCAGAAAACUUUCUUCUACUUUGUAUUUUGGCGUGCAAACAGAAUUUAAAUGCUGUGUUCAAUGAAGAAGACCCCUGGGUCUUCAUUAGAUGCCUAUUGUUCGACUACACUUGUUUUAUCAAUGCAGAUGAAUCUAAAAGAGCCUCAAUGUGAUUUUUUUUUUUUACUGUUUUUGUUUAAUUUUAACUGUUGGAGAACACCUGAUAGUUAGAUUAAAUGUAUAGUAAUUAAUCAGAUAUGCCACAUGAAGGGUAUGCCACAAUUUGUCAAACCAAAUUCUUUCAUAAAUUAUUUGCUGUUUUGUGAGAUUCACACUGAUAAAUGAUCGUAAAAAAAGCAUAUUCCUAGAACAAUGUUAUCUGGAGUAUGUCUACUUCAUUAUUUGCUUGAUGUUCAAUGUUUUAGACUAUUUAUAUAUUAAUAAUGAAAGAAUUGUGUUACCAUUUUCAUUUUUUUAUUUUUUAAGUCCAAUGUAUAUUUUAUCAGUAUGGGAAUAUUCUGUCAUCGUUUGUUCUUAUUGCAAAUAUUUCAGUUUUUCAAGCAGUUUAAUACUUUUCUAUUAAUAUUUGAAUUAUCUCUAUGAGAUGUAACAGGAGCACAAUAAAAUUUCAUAUUGGAAUUGUAAUCUUUGAAUUUCCCAUCCAUCAAAAAUAACACAGUGACACUUGCCAUUGUUUACCAUUCACAUUAUUGUUUUU